CCUCGCAACUUUACCCUCAGUUCGUUCUCAGCGUCCAUCGCGGAGCCACGUCGCUCCGCCGCGUAACUUUACGAAACCGGUUAUUAUUUGAAAGUGCUAGGUGUGGCCUACCAGUGUUUUAUAGUGUGUGUGUUGGAUUUACUAUUAUCACAGAGUGCGCGCAGUGAGUGAGCAGGACAACGGAACCGGUCGAAGGAUACGUUUUUUUUUAAAUUGGUCUAGUUAUGCUGUGUUGAGUGUGAGUUUAAAAAGUUAAAGUUCCAAGAUGGCUGCAUUUCCCGCGUUUCUGCUGUUGUUCGUCGCCGUCGUUUCAGGCCAAAUCCAAAUAACGCCUCGCGAAGCAGUCCGGCAAGUCGGGGAGAGCCUCGACGUGUUGUGCAAAGUCAACUACCCCAUCUCGUUCUGUCGAGUGGAGAUCGGAAGAGAGUCCUACACAAUCCCCAGCAACUCCCCCGCCCCAGGAGACCCAACCUACUACGGCCGAGGUCUACGGGAGGGUGAAUGCGGUGCCCACAUCACGAAUAUAAAAGAGGCAUGGAACGGAGACGUGUACUGCUCAGUGCCACAACAGAUCGGGAGUCGGGAGAUCAAGCAGUCAAUGAAGCUCAUAGUUGCACGACCUCCUGGCAAUCCUGAGUUGAUGGUGUCGCCGCAACUGAACGAGUUGAAAGAGGGAGAGACGAUUCGGGCGGUAUGCAGAGUGCCGCGCGGGCGCCCUGCUGCCAACAUCACCUGGCAUUUAGGUGACGAAGAAAUCCUGAACGGCCUCAAGCCCCCCGUCGUCUCCAACUCCUCGGAGCCAGGACUGGAAGAUGUGACCCAGGAGCUCAAUAAGGUGCUGACGGCUGAUGAUGACAAGAAACAGCUGGCUUGCCGCGUGUCGCAUCUCGGACUCAAUAGGCCUCUCGAGGCCCGCAGACAGCUUGAUGUGCAGUACCCUCCUCGCCGCGCCGACGGCAACAGCGACGAACAAAUCACCAUCUUCGGCCUCAAGAUCCAAGAAGACGGCCGUCUCAACGUCACCGUCAGGUCCAACCCUGAACCCACGGUGGAAUGGAAGGUGUCAGAUGUUACCCUGGUGCCUGGGCACCCUAACAGCCACCCUAAUGAGAACAGCGUGUGGACUGCCCUCCAUCCACUGCGAUUGCCUCAAGACGAAACCCACGGGAGUGGCUACUACAAUAUCACCCUCGUCCUGUCUCCCGUCACCAGCGAGGAUGUCGAACGAAACUACUUCCUGACACUAUCGAACAAGCAUGGGGAGAAGCGGCUCAUGGUCAAGCUGAGCACCCUGGAGCAACCUGCUGGAAUGGAGCUUGAGGCCGGUGCGAUAGUCGGCAUCGUGGUCGGGGUCCUCAUCCUGCUGCUGGCCGUCUUCCUCGUGGUGUUCGCCAAGGCCACCGACAGAUGGUGCUUCGCAGGAGGCAGAGGACGCGAUCACACUAAGAACUCUGGAGAAUCGACGCCGGCGGGCGAUGUGCUUAUUGAGGGGUUCCCGCUGCCUUCUAGAACUAGCGACACGGAGAGUGCGGUCGGCGGGAGGCCGUCGCGGUUAGCGAACCUGGGGGCGCGUGUUCGAUCAGUGCUGCCGAGAGGGAAGGAUAAAGUGCAAGCUACGGAGCCACAGGCUGACAAGCCCUUAGCAGAAGAGAAAAAAGGCGUGGUGUACGCUGAGCUCGCUCUCGGCGAGCAGACCUCGGACAAACCCCAACCGCCCUCCACGGAGUACGCCGAGAUCGUGUACACCGAGCAGCCUAAAGAAACCAAGGAGACCAAGGAAUAAGGAAAGAAGCUCUUUAAACUGUAACGGGAAAAUGGCCGUCUACCAAAAUGCAAACCUUUGUCUCAUCGAAAUGUUAGACCAUAGACAAUAUCUUAUUUAAACCUUCGCGACACUGUCGAACCGAUUCGACUUGACUCGAUCGGAUCGACUGUCGCGACAGUGAAGAAACAUACUUGAUUAAAUAAAGUGCGAGAGUUAAUGGGAAAAGCAUUAGAAACGUACUUUUAUCACUGACAGAUUUUUUAUACACUACUUAAUGGGUCUGUCUGUAGACCUCGCGAAACCCCAUCCCCGUGGAUCCACCAUUUUGAAAAAUUUCCAAAAACUCAAUCGACAAAAAAAAAUCCAACCUACUCGCCAAUUUUCACGAGAAACGGUUAAAUGUGACCUGUAGACGAUAACAUCAGAACGAAAUAAUUUUUGACCAAGCUGAAACGAAGGCCUUCGCUAACGCUUGGUCAAUUAUAACAACAGUAAAAUUGAGAAAAGCAGGACCCGUUGACAAUUCAGAUUUUUCAAGUUUUCUAUGAUUCUCAAUGUAAAACCUGUAAAUGUUUUUUCGGUCAGUGAUGAAAGUAUUUUACAGUCGCCAUCAGAUAUAUCGGAGCAGCCAAGGUGCUCAAAAAUAUCUGACAGACAAUAGAUACGUGUUCAGAUAUUUGUGAGCGCCUUCUCCGCUCCGAUAUAUCUGAUGGCGACUGUACUAGCAUAAAGUAAGUAGAAAUACAAGAAAUGUAGUAGGUACAGCUAGGUACUCGUAAAAUCAUUAUUGCACUACCAUUUACAAUACACUAAUAGUGUAAAUAAAUAACUACAUUACAAUGUAAUUUAAAUACAUUCACUAUUAAGUGUAAUUGGAAGUGAAAAACGUUAAAAUCACAACUAAGCUCUUUAAUUUUAAAUUGCUACUAUAUCGAUAUUUUGCUGAAUUGAAUCAGCAACACAGAAAUAUUUAAUUCGUAAAUUGAUGCCAUUACUACUUAUCAUCUGUCAUUCAUAAAGUUAUGUGCAGUUAGCAUCAAACAGUCGAUAUAUUUGGCCACUUUGGUCGUAAAUAUUUAUUUGUGGUAUUUUCUAUAAAAAGGGACCUUAUUGUCGAUGGCGCUUACGCCAUUAUAAACGAUGCUCCGAUAAAUACAAUGCCGCGCGACGCUGUGCGGCGUAAGCGCCAUCGACAAUAAGGUCCCUUUUCAUAGAAAAUGCCCCAUUUUUUGCUGACUGUACUUUUAAAAUUAGGUGUUCCCAGUAUGAAGGUACUGAAACAUACUUAUUUUAAAUAAUAUUAAACAAAAUAUUUAUCAAAAAGAACAUUAAGGGACAUGAUAUGCAGAAAUUCAUAUAUUAUUCAUAUAUGACUGUUAUAGCUCUCAAAUAUAUUCAUCAAACAAUACAGUGCCUUGUGACAUCUUGAAACGUUUAUGUAAAAUUAGUAUUGGAAUCCACCGAGGAACGUAAAUUAUGAAUAUUAGUGUCUAUUAUAAGAAAUUGGUGUUAUUUAGAGUAAGUAAAAAACGAGCAUUUUGAAAGAUGAAUAGACGAGUUAUAUGAAAAUUAUAUGCAUAUAAUGUAUGCCUAGGUCAGUCGCUAAUGCCACUAGAAAAAAAUCUCAGAAAAAAACCAUAAAAAACUGACUUUUUUCAUAUUUCCCCUUAUGCUAGUGAUACUUUUGGCUCGCCUUAAGACUGGCUGAAAUAUGGUUUCAACAAGAAAUUAAUCAAGCAUCAAUCAUAAUUAUAAUAAAUACUUUUUAAUUAAAAAGUUUAGAAUAUGUCCAUAAAUAUAAAAAAUCUAUUUUUCAAUAAAAAUAUCUAAUAUUUGUUCCAAAAAUAAUAAAAUAUUAUACCUAGUAGUUUUUUUUACAGCGGUAACUCAUUUAUUUGUCAUUUAAAAAGCUCAAAAUAGUAAUCUCAUUUAUGAAAAGAGUGUGCUUUUUGAUAUUAUAGCUAAUAUUUUAAGUGUAUAAAAUAAUAUAAAAUAAUUCUAAUAUUUUAGCGUUCUGUAUUCAAGGGAUAUUUUAACAUGUUUUAAUUGCAUAAUUAUUAAACAAACGAAAAGACGAUAAAUUCUACACAGAGAGGUAACUUUACACAAUAUUUUUGUUUGUAUGAAGGUAAAUUGAAAUAAUCCAAAUGUCUAGAGACUGAUAGUACAAAAUGCACAAAUAAACAAUAUAAUAAACACUGAUUUAAACUUUCACGAUUUUUACUCAUUAUUAUUUACAACGACGGGACUUAAUCGCGUAAAAUAAGUAUUAAACCCACCUCCGACGUUUCGAGGACGGCGUUGUCCCCGUGGUCUCGGAGAAGACUACUAAAUUAGUGGGUUUAAUACUCAUUUUACGCGAUUAAGUCCCGUCGUUGUAAAUAAUAAUAAACAAUAUAAUAUACAAAUAAACAAUACUGGACUGCCUUUUUAAAAACUAAACCUAAUUUUUGUUGCCUAAAAUCCCCUAAGCGUAUAGUCACCUCAUCUGAUGUUACUCAAUGUGCGCACAAUUAAAAAAAAAACAUGUAUUAUUAACUAUAACUGAGCUCUUUUCUCAGAAAAUUAUACUUAAGCAUGUUGAAAAUAACCCUGAAUAUUUCACUGCCUUCGCAGAAACCAUUUUAGUAAUGUACAAAAUAUUAUCAUAUUAAGUUAAUAUUAAAAAUAUAUUAUUACCGAAACAUAAAAAUAUACAUGAUUUAUAAAUGCCUUCUAUUAAGCUGGUGUGUGUGAGGUUUUUAUGUAUAUUUAUUUUACAAAUGACAAGUUACAGUGUGUGUCCGAAGCUCCGAGGAUAUUGAAUUUCUCGGAGAUCGCGCGCGAAUUAUUAAUCGCAUUAGGCCUCCAUAUACGAUUUUUUUUUAUUUUUUUUUAUUCCAUGUUUGUAUGAAUUUACUGAUAUUUACAAAUAUUGUAUUUUAUAGAUGUUUUCACUUUAUAUUCGAAAUAAUCACUGCCUUUAAAAACCGUAAUUUUUGUAUUUUUAUACAUAUUAAUUAGUUAGUUCCUACAAUUAUCAAAAAUCUAUAUGAAUUCCUUUUUAUAAUAUGACAUGUGAAAUUAUAUAAAUACAAAAUGGACAAAAGUCCCAAUACAAUUUACGUAAGUAUAUUUUAUUUAUAAAAUUUGAUAAAUUUACUGUAGUAUUUAAUAUUAUGUGUAAUUUUAGACAAAAGCAGGGUUAUAACAUUGGAGGCUUGAAUCCAUUAUAAAUCCACGGUACAAAGUUAUUUUAAUUUAAAUAUUUUAAUUUAAAAAACUUUAUAUUUUGACGUGGUCACUGCUCUUUCUAAUACAAUGUGUCUCCACUCUCUGGACAUUGACCGAAAUCACAAGUAGCUCCUUCUCAGGAAUGUUCUAAUAUGGUUAAUUAUUUGUGCCAUUUUCAACCAAAAGGGUACUUAUUAUCGCUUGUCAGUAAGGCGUUAUUUCCAUAUAGCUUCAAUUAGAAAUCAACCUUAUCGACAACAGACAAUGUGGUACCUUUUGGUUGAAAACGUCACAUUUAAUUAGAUGAACAUUAAAACAUAUAUUUUAAAAAUUAAAUUAAUUCUAAUAAAUAGAAGCAUACUGUCGUACACAAUGACGAUAAGAUUAUACUACCAAUUACUACAAAAAAAAUACCAUAAUCGACACCUCCUAUUCAUGUAUGUCCAGACACAGACAUGUAGAGACACGUUGUAUAAGAGAUGGAAUAUUUGUAGGUUUAUUUUUAUGUUAUUCCGUCCAACAAUUUUAGGUUAUUUUAAUAUUUACCACUACGCAGGUGCUUAAUGUGUAGGUACCCUUAACAAUAAAUGUGCUGAAUUAAGGUAAAAUACUUACGUAUAGCACUAAUUUUAAAUUAAUUAAUCUUUGUAAUAUUAGGAGGCACCUACGGUCAAUAAAUUGUAUCUGUGCAACUUCGUACCUGUGUGGCUACCACCAGUUUGGCACAGACAUAAGCGCUAUCGAGAACGUAACACUUUCCAUGCAUCUCGCUCGUACUCGCAUAUUAGUGCGAGCGAGAUGUGUAAAAUGUAAAUUAGACGUUAGCGUUUAUGUCAGUUUUGACACUGUCAGUGACUCAUGGUACGGGUACUUGUCACGUGACAAAAUAUGAGAUCUCUACUAUCUCUACUAAGCUUUCCUAUUAAUUGUUAGAAAUCAAAUUCCUUGGAUGUACCUUGAGACAACCAGGACUGUAGGAUUCGUUGUCUAGGCUUUAUAAUUCUAAGGGUUUAUUGAAUUACUGCUAUACAUUAGUUUUUUGCCUAUUUUAAACUAUUUAUAUCACAAUUUUAAAUCUUAAACUUAAUGCAUUUUCUACAAUUUAUAUGUUUACGAUAUUUACAAGGUGCUUCAUGUAUUUAAACGCACAUUCAUAUUUGUUAAACUGGAGGUAUAAUUUUUUAUUUAAUUCGUACGAAAUUAUAUUUCCGUAGUUCUGAUGCAUUUAAAAAGUGGUAAAUUUUAGUUUUCCAUAACGAUUGUAUGAUGAUAUUUGCUGCAAAUCAGCGUUCUCAGCGGUAGAUGCCUUAAGGCGAGGUAGGCCGUGGGCGAUUUGUGAUUCCAUUUUCUAUCGAGAAAACAUAUGUAGCCAUGUAACCACUAAAUGAAACACCGAUAGAAAAUACCACAAAUUGGCCUGGGUUCUCGCCUCAAGGUAUUGGCUGCCGAAAACGCUUAUAUUUCGAAUGGGCAAUGUUUUUAACACCGUGAAACCAUCCAUUUUGCCAUGCAACAUGUUUCCUGUAUGCAACAUUUAUAGUCUGAAAAGAAAUAGAAGAAAAUAAAUGAGGGCACCACUUUCUACGUAACUGGCACGGAUGGUUUCACGGUACAAAAACUAAGUGUAAAACAAGAAUUCCCACUUUAGUAACGAAUCAGUUGUGCUUGUAUGUGGCUUCGGUUGUCUGUCUGUCUGUAACUCUAGGAAGAGGUACUUAAGGCCGCGAUAUUAUUAUAAUUGUAAUAAACUUGUGUCAUUUUUUAAA